AUGGCAGAAAGCCAAGCCUUGCAGAGGCUGUCUGAUGUCCUUUGGGCGCAUGGCGCUCAGCCCGAUUCGGCUGCCCUGAAGGAGGCAUUCCAGCAGGGCCCCGAGGCCGCCGCCUGGGUCCAACAUCACCUGACCGCCGACACGCUGCUGUCGCGCGACGAGCUGGACCAGUACAAGGCCCUGGAGAGCUCGGGCCAGGCCGGCCGGCUCGCCGUCAACGCGGGCGGCCUCGACGCCGUCCAGCCGCUAGACGACGCCGAGCUCCGCGCCGCCAUCGAGGAGCUGAACCGCUCCACGACGCCCUGGGCCGCCUGCUGA